GAGUAAACAAAAAAAAGUAAACAAACGAAGCUCAUUGAAAAAGCCUUAUCGAUCGCUCUGUGAUCGUCCAUCUGAUUCAAAACUGAAAACUUCUGACUAACCUAAGUACAUAUUACACUGCGUACGUAAACGUGACGUUUAUACGUGUACUCCACGUGUGAACGGUGUCAUGAAGGAUGCCUCAAGAACGUAAACAUCAUCGAUCAGACGUGGCUCUUUUGCGCAUGCCUAAUCGAUUGCUCGGUACUCGUCACUCCUGAAACUAAAGAUGGCGCCUACUAUGGAAGAAGCGCCACCGUUGUUAUUCGUGUAAAUGUUACAUAAACGAAGCCAGAUAGCGCGGUUUCGUGGAUUUGAAGGUUCGUGGUCGUCGGGGAGAUGUGUGAGAGCUACGCGCGCUCGCUGAUGCGGGUGGCGGUGGCGCAGCUCUGCCAAGCUCUCGGCUGGGACGCGGUGCAGCUCUCCGCCUGUGAGCUGCUCUCUGACGUGCUGGAGCGCUAUUUACAGCAGCUAGCACGGUGUUGUCAUCGUUACUCCGAGCUCUAUGGGAGGACAGACCCUGGUCUGAGUGACAUUGAGCAGGCCUUUGGUCUGAUGGGAGUGAGUGUAGCAGAGCUGGAAGACUACAUCAACAACCUGGAGCCGGUGGGGUUCUUCCACUCCAUCCCCCAGUUCCCCAUCAGCAAGAGCAGUGUGCUGCAGUUCCCCACCUCCAGCUUUGACACAGACGUACGCAACGCCCUGCGCGGAGACAAGAGGGACUACAUCCCAGAAUACCUCCCACCCCUCGCCCCGCUACACCAAGAUGAAGAGGAGGAGGAGCAGGUCCCUGCAGACAUGGGCACAUCAGCCGAGGCCAUGCAGGUGUCACUCGGCGAGGAAGAAGAGGGAGAUGCCGAAGAGAACGACGAGAACUGGCUCGGCUCACGUGGAUCAGAUAGCCCCAGACCCGAAGGUCUUUUACCCGCUGCCAAGCGCCCACGCAUGGGAACCAAAUCGGGGAGCAGCCCGGAAUGGAGCUUUGAGCCUCGCGAACCUCUUAGUUCUCUCAACGCCCAGCACAUGGCAUGCUCCCCCUCACCUCCACUGCCUCCCGAUUUGGUCUGUCCCACUGCAAUGACCCCAACGCCAGGGCAAAAACCCAAAGUCUCCUCGCUUUCUCCUGCUCGGCAGAAAAAUAAAUCACCCAAAAGAGUGAUUGGCUCCACCCCUUCUGCCAUAUCUGCUCGUCCUUCUUCAGUGACCCCACCCAAAAGUGCACAGAAGGCAGGGAAAAGGUCACCUGGAAGACCCAGAAGCCCCCGAAGCCCUAGGCCAGGGCUCACACAGUUAGGACACGGAUUUCUGCCUCCGAUCACAAAUGAUGUUUUGCAGGACGGCGAGCUCAAAGACGAGGCCAUCGAGGACUCCAUUGCAGCGGUUAUAGCCAGAGCGUGUGCGGGUGGAGUGGGCGUGGCUGACCCAUUCGCAUAUGACUCGGACUCAGACAGCGAAGGGCUUCCAAAGAGCCCACCCAAACAUAUGCCCAAACACACACUUGUGCAACCGAAACUCAUGCCUUUCCUUGGUGUUAAACACCCAACCAUGAUUCCUCAAACAUCGUUCUUGGCCGGUCCAAACCGCUGGACCUUGGAUGACUCCAUAGAUGAGGUCAUCCGAAAGGCCAACCAGGCACAAACUGUGCCUUGUCAAUCACCACCAGAGCCCUCCUACUUCUCCACCCCAUCCGAGUCUCCGCCCACCCCGCCUCCUCCAAUCCUCAACCCCCCACAGGAGCGAAAAGAUCCUGUGGCUUCAUCUCUCCUAAAGAAAAAACUCAAAAAGGAUAUCAAGACCAAACUGAAAAAGAAGGACCGAGAGCGACUAAAGGAGAAAGGAAAAGACAAGAACAAGAACAAAGAGAAAAACAAGGAGAAAAAGAAAGAGAAGGAACGAGGGCAGGGGGAGGAUGGAAAGAUUCUCUGGACAGAAUUAUCGCUUGGAGCAGAGGAGAGGAGGGAUGGUGGUGUUGGGAAGAAGGAGAAGGACAAGCACAAGGACAAGAAGAAAGAUAAAGAGAAGAGCAAGAAGGAUAAAGAGAAAAGAGACAAGUUCAAAGAGAGAGCAGGGAAGGAGGAGAGGAGACUAUCACUCGCAGCCAAGGAAAGCACCUCUGCCUCACUACCUCUCUUCAGCCCUUCUUCUUGCCUUCGUGUCCCCUCAAUCCUUCCACCUCUGCAGCCCAUCCUCCAUGAAGCAAUGUUCCACCCCAAAGAGACCAAGAGCAAGGAAAAGGACAAGAAGAAAGAAAAAAAGGAGAAGAAGAAGAAGAAAGACAAAGAGAAGGAACGAGACAAGGACAGAGAGAGGGAGCGGCCCAGAGAGAAGGAGGAGAAGAAGAAGGAGAAAGAGAAGAAAGAAAAAGUGAAAGAAAAGGAGAAGCCGAAAGUGGAGAAGGCCAGUUUAAUGGUUGAAGCCCCAGUGGUUCCACAGUCUCCUGUCAUACCCAGACUAAAGCUAAGAGUUGGAGCCGGACAGGACAAAAUCGUCAUCAGUAAGGUAACUCCUGAUUUGGAACCUACCCCACCAACUCCUCGGACUCCGGUGUCGCGCUCUGGUCCUGGUGCUCGGAUGCGUUCUCCUCCUGCCCCUCUUCUCUCAGUGCCACCUCCCAUUGCCCCUGCACCUCUCCCACCCCCUGUGUUGGUGCCACCUACUCCGCCUCCGGUGUUUCAGGCCCCAGCCAGCCAGGCUAAAGCUCGCGGCUGCAGCGUCGUCACAGAGACGGUCAGCGCUUACGUGAUUCGUGACGAGUGGGGUAAUAAGAUCUGGAUCUGCCCUGGCUGUAAUAAACCCGAUGACGGCAGUCCCAUGAUCGGCUGUGAUGAGUGCGAUGACUGGUAUCACUGGCUCUGCGUAGGAAUCUCCACCGCUCCCCCGGAGGAUCAGCCCUGGUACUGUGUGAAGUGUUCUGGCAAGAAAAAAGACAAAAAAACGAAAAAGAGGAAACGUAAAGCGCACUGAUCAUCAUCUCCUCUCACUCUUGCUCUCGCUCUCCCUGCCUUUCUGCUCUUUCUCCAUUUCUCUCUCUCUCUCUCUCCCCUGUGGUUUCAACUUGGACAUUUUCUUCCUCUCUUCCUUUUAAUCAAAGUCUCUGUAGUCAUUUAUGUAUUUUUUAAAAAUGAGGUUUUGAAAAGUCUAUAUGUUAAUUUUUUUAUGUCAGUCACCCUACGAUGUGUAUAUGAUCUUUGUACGGAAGCCAGCAACUGUUCGGUAGAUGUGUGCACGUCAAGGUUACACAUCUUCCUCCAAGUUUUUUUCAGCCGUAUGCUGACUCAUCGGGAUCGCAUCGCUGAAAAAGGGGAAAAACAUCAAGUCUGUACGUUGGUCAGCCUUUUUAAAUAUUGUUCUGAGUUAUUUAGACUGGAAGUGCAGUUUCCUUUUAUUAUGGAUUCAAUUAAAAGCUGUUUUUUCCACA